ACAGUCGACCGCGGUUCCGGCCGUUCAUUAAGAAAUAAAUCCAGCCACCGUGCGAAACCGACUACUGGGUAGCACGGGGGAGGGACAAAACAAUUCACCGCGACUUGGAUCCGCGGUUCCAUGACUGCAGUUCGCGGCGCGACCACAAAACGAGAGGUGCGCGGUGCAUUUUUGAAAAUUUUCGCGUCUUACCAAUAUGGAAUAAUUUGAAUUCAAUUUCGACAGUGGCAGUGAAGCUUGGGGUCGUUUUUGGGGACGAUAUAGCUGAAGAUGAGCGCCGACAUGUUCACCACUAAACCUGUUAAUCCACUUAAAUCGCCAGAACCAUCCAGGAUACCUUUGCCGAGUCCCACACCGCUGAGAAGAUAUGGGAGUUUAAGACUUAGGGGGGAGAAUAAGAAUGGACUUACUUCAGCUGGAGAUUUUACUAGAAACAUUGAAUCAUUAAGAACCGGCGGCGUCCGUCCACAGCAGGAGGGCGGGCAGUGCGCGGUCGGCGUCCCACUGCAACGGGGCCACUCGUUCAUGGAAAAGGGCGAGAAGAAGUAUGGUUCGCGAGGCCAAAUGGCGUCCAGGCCGCAGACAAUCAGGACGACAGUGAAGGUGGACAGGAACGGUGGCAUCCCGACGCCCAAACAGCUGACCACACCGCAGAGUCCCAACAGGAUCAGGAGUUUGUCUUUAUCGCUGUCCAACACUCGUCUGAACAGCCCGAAGUCACCCUCGGCGGUGUCGGCGUCGUCGCCGAAGUCUCCGGCAGACCAGGUGCGUAACCAUCUCCACGCCUCCAACCAACUCCUCGACUACAGGUCAAUCGACUGGGACGACACCGACAGCAUCAUCAGCGUCGGCGGCAGCAGCGUGGCGUCGUGCGACCACGCCAGCGUCGCCCGCAACGGCACCACCUUCUCCGGCAGAAGCAUGAAAUACGUGUUCCAUUGUAACCAACACGCCGGAGCAACAGGUGAGGACUACCUGACACCAACCCAGCGAGCCCACAGGCAAGUCAAGAAAUUGAAAUAUCUCCUGCAACAAGCCAAAAAGGAUUUAGAACAGAAGGACAGUGACAUACUUAAAUUAACCAAAGAGGUGGUAGAACUGAGAUUAUACAAGGCUGCUUUGAGCUCACCGGAGGACAAGUCCAACUCCAGCGACGCGGUAACCGUCAGGGAGAACACAAGUGAGGAAACCAGUCCGGAAAAAGAUGUACUCGACGCCGAGUCAUGCGUGCUCGAACCCAAUCAUCUGGCGACGGGACACAGUGAGAUGAACAACUCGUUUGCCGAUUCCGGACACUUUGAAGACUGCACAAACUCAUCGGUACACUCCAAAGACUCCAUCCUCUUUGACGAUGGAAAUAGAUCUCCGUUUAAGACUAAAUUAGUGGAAACAUCGGAUAAGGGUAUAACGGCUAAUUUCGAUAGUUUCGACCACGAUUCUGAACACAGCAAAUUGAUAAUGGAAUAUGAGAAACGCCUUCAGGAAUUGGUUAGGACCCACGAGGAGGAGUCCUACCAUUUGAAACAGAAACACAAUGAUAAAGUGGAGGAGUUGCUACAACGAAUCACUGAAAUUAAUGCGAGAUAUUGGGAAUUGGUCCCGGAAUUAGACACAGCCCGAGACAGAAUUAAAGAACUAGAAGUGCAAUUGGAAGAAGCUAGCAAGAAACUUCAAGAACAAGAAGAUAAGCAAAAACAGUCUUAUCUUCAAAUGUAUAAUAAGGGUCAAGAAGCUGCUAGACUAGAACAUGAAAACAGGUUAAUGGAACUUGCUCACCAAAAUCCAAGCAGGAUCUCAGUGCCAGAGCUUCUGCAAGAAUUACAAGUCACCAAAAAUGAACUAGAGAAUAUUAAGGACGUAGAGUACGCGUCGACUUCUAAGAGUUCGCAACCGUUACUGAGCGCGAAAGAAGCACUUUCGCUCUGGGUACUCGGUGCUAGAAAGGCAAUGUAUCGACAAUUGAUGGAGGCCAAAAGCAGGAAUAAAAUCGAUCCUGAAAUUACAUUGCAAUUUUUGAAAUCAGCAGUCUACUACUUUCUAACGGACCGAGAGAAUAGCCAAGGUCAUUUGAAGGCCAUCCAAAGCAUACUGGGAUUCACAACCACUGAAAUUGACAACAUCUCGAAAGCAAGGCUGCAGUAAAUUAAACGUAAAAUCUAAAAUAAUUUAGUGCCUAACAUUUAAAUAAAAUCUUUAGAUAGGACCUUAUUAAAAAAGGACUUUUUAAAAUUCGAGGGAGACACGUGAUACAAGUUGGUUCUAAAUAUGUUGUGUAACAAGGCCUAUUUUGUAAAAGAUAAUAAAUAUUUCGAGCUUCUAAAUGUAUAUGAACAGCUUAUACUUAUCUGUUUCGCGAAUCGUUUGGGAAUGUUUAAUUUUACAUUGCAACAUUUUAUCCUAUUAUCAAAUUAGCCUAUACAAUUACAUGAUAUUCUAAUUAGAGAGAAAGCCAAAAAUUUUGUCUAGGCUAACAAAUAUCAAGUAAAUUAGCAUUAAUUUAUUAAUUUUCAAUUGUGAUAUUAAAAAAAAAACAUUAUGCCGUCUGCUUUAAAUAUCCAAAGCACUGUUUAAAAAUUAGUAAGAAAUCAAGUAGAUACAAUAUAUAUUUUGUAAUAGAAGCAUAUUUUGGAUGUUUCUUUAUAAUCAGUUUAUAAGGGAAAUAUGUAUUGAUAUUUUGGUCUGGUGAAUCAUAUAAUCUUGUGAUUUGUACAAAACUCAAUUAUAUACUUUGCUCACGAUUAUGUUUAUUCUACUAAUUAUUUACUAGUUUAAACCUAUUUAUAUAAUAUAUUCAUUUAUUAUUUUUGUAUGUAUAUCUUUGUGAUUGUUGAUAACUUCGAGAGUUUAUAAUGGGACGCCAUCAUAGUAUGGUGAAGAAAUUGUAAGAGUUCCUGAUAAAUCGAGAGGUACAACACUGUUAAUGUAAGGCAUAUUAUAAUUUUCACGUACGACUUUUUGUUUGAAUUUGUUCUUAAUGCAAAUUUAUUUAUUCCAAACAUUCAAAUAUAUAUAUAAAAAUUACUGAUGGUUAAGGUCCGAAUUUUUAUGCAAAUGCAUAUUUAUUAAGUGCAAAUUCUUUCCGAUGUUUAUUGAUGAUUUUUAUUAUUUAUAGCAUUUAAAUGUGAAAUUGCAUAUUCCGCCCUGAACGAAACUCAGUCGGUGCUAACGUGGUUUACUAAUGGGUCCUGUGUGUUAGUAACAUAGCAAUAACUAUAUAUAAUUCAAAUAUUGAUGAGGAUUGAAUUGAUGCAUCUCUUGCAUAUAAAUUUGGACUAAUGUGAUUAUUACAAUUUAAGGAUGAAUAAUCAAACAAACAUUUGUAUGUAAUAUUUGUAUAUAAUUUGUAGGAUUUAUAUUUAUGUGGAGAGGAUUAUUAUUAUUUGUAAUUUUUCUUUUACGCCACUUUAGUAUUACUUUUGCACUUUAGUCAGUUUUUAUGUAAGUUUUAUGAAUAAUGGGUCGGUUCUGUGCAAUUUAUCGAGACAAAUUACUUUCUUACAUCCUUAUUUCUUUAUAUAUUGUUGCGAAUAUAUGUAAAUUUCAAGUUAUAGAAAAAAUGUUAAUAAAAUAUACAAAUAUAA